AUGCAGAAUGAGAUCGAUGAGAAGUUUGAAGAUUGGAAAGGUAGAGAGGCAAUCCCUGGCAAACAUGGGGGUUUCGGAGCUGCAUCUAUUGCUUGUGUUGUGGAGAUGAUGGAGAACAUAGUGUUCGUAGCUAAUGGAUUCAAUUUCGUUGAAUACUUCAUGGGUUCGAUGCAUUAUUCAUCAGCCACAGCAGCAAACAUGGUCACUAAUUUCAUGGGAACAUCGUUUCUGCUCACUCUUUUUGGCGGUUUCAUCGCUGACUCUUUCCUCACUAGUUUCACAACUUUCAUCCUCUUUUGUUGCAUGGAACUCAUGGGAUUGAUCUUGUUGACGUUCCAAGCUCAAAACCCUAAUCUACUGCCUGAGGGAGAUAAAACACCUUCAACGCUUCAAUCAAUCAUUCUUUUCACAGGACUCUAUGCGAUGGCUGCUGGUGCGGGUGGUAUCAAGGCAUCAGUGCCUAUCCACGGAUGCGAACAGCUUGACAGAAGAAAUCCGAGAGUUAUCUCAAGUUUCUUUAAUUUGUUCUACUUCCUUAUAUCCUUUGGAUGUUUCUUAGCCGUAACCGUUGUGUUGUGGAUUGAAGAUAACAAAGGUUGGAAUUAUAGCUUCAAUGUCUCGGUUGGGAUUAUGGCUGUUGCUCUAUUUGUUUUCACGGCAGGGUUUCCAUUUUAUCGAUUCAAACGUCCUAAUGGAAGUCCGUUGACAAGGAUCGCGAUUGUGAUUAUUUCCGCCGCAAGAAACCGAAAUAAGCCUGAUUUGGAUGAGGAGAUGUUGACGCACAGUCUUAUCUCUAAGGACACAAACAUUCGCCACAAGAAGUUAAAGUGUUUAGAUAAAGCAAUGUUGAACACAAAAAUCUCAGCAAUAGAAGUUGAAGAAACAAGAACGUUUUUGGGUCUUUUACCAAUCUUUGGUAGCACGAUUGUCAUGAACUGCUGCUUGGCACAACUAUCGACCUUCACUGUACAACAAGGCAUGAUCAUGAACAGAAAUGUUUUUGGCUCCUUCGAGAUCCCUACACCUUCCCUCAACGCUAUUCCUCUCAUCUUCAUAAUGUUUUCUAUACCUUUGUACGAAUUCUUUGGCAAAAGAAUCUCAUCAAGGAACAACGAGAGAUCAAACAACUUCAUUUUGAAACGCAUAGGAGUCGGCUUAGCUCUCUCCUCUGUUUCAAUGGCCAUUGCAGCUGUGGUGGAGGUCAAGAGAAAACAUGAAGCGGUUCACAACAACUUCGAAAUCUCUGUGUUUUGGUUAGAGUUUCAGUUUGUUAUAUUGAGUUUAUCGGAUAUGUUGACUCUUGGGGGAAUGCUAGAGUUUUUCUAUAGAGAAAGUCCGGUGAGUAUGAGGAGCAUGAGCACGGCGUUGGGGUGGUGCUCCACCGCAAUGGGUUUCUUCCUCAGCACGGUUUUAGUGGAUAUCACGAAUGCCAUCACGGGAAGGUUUGGCCAGCAGUGGCUUGGCGGGAAAGAUCUCAACAAGUCAAGGCUUGAAAUGUUCUAUGUGGUCCUUUGUGUUAUUAAUACUCUUAAUCUUCUUAACUAUGUUUUUUGGGCAAAGCGAUAUUAA